AUGCUCGAUAGCCGCGACCUUCCGUACGAGCUGCCCGAGACGACGUCGUUUAACCCCGUGGGCGUCAUUGCGGAAAUGCCGACCGAAACCACGGCCAUGGCCCACAUCGAGCUCCACCCGGAUCCGGUGGAGAUGGGCGAUAAUACCGUGCUCGCCCCGAUCGAGACGUUUAUGAUGGAGGCCGGCUUGGCGGAGCUCCCUACACAUCGAAGCCCGACGGAUAAUAAGGCGAUGGAGGUGGAGGAGCCGCCGCGCCCGCGACGAGUGGAUACCGGGCCCAGGGUCUAUCCCUUCCAGCCAAAGGACGACGAGGAUCCGAACCAGCCGCCCACGCCGCUAGGUCCUCCGGCAACCAGCCAAGCGACGAUGGCUGGAGGCCCGCCCUCCGCUACGCAAGAGGGCAACGGGCCGGCAGGAUUCACGGCUUUUCAUCCUUCAGCUAAUGCCGCGCAGCAGCAAGCUCCCGCUCCGCUCGGUCCAGGUCCCGCGGGCGGCGCGCCCGUCGCCACGGCUGGCCCGCCGGCAGCGGUACCUCCUCAGAAUUUCAAAAUUACGCGGAAACCUACCAAUGCAGGCACGAAGCCUCCGGGGUUCAGACCUUGGACCCCCGGCACCACACCCGACGCCGCGCCGCCUGGUCCGGUGAGUAGGACGGCGACAUGGAGCGGCUCGGAAACACGCGGGGAUCGGAUAGGAAGCGUGCCCCAGGAUGACGCCGUCUCCAUCAUGUCCACCUCGCAGCCUUCGCAGGCCCCUCUUUCCAACCCCCAGGCUGCUCCGCCCGCUAUCUUAACGCCACCCUCCGGGCCCGUUCAGCAGGUGUCGUUGGGGCCGCGAGAGGGCCAAUUACCCUACCAUCAGCAGCCGGAACACGCCCAUCUACAACACCCUCUACAGCAGCCCGGGCCGGCUGCGCGGGUCGCCAGCUCAUCACCGCCAGAGGGCCAAGUCCCCCGCCCGUCCCGCCCAAGGACCCCCUGGUUUCUAUGCCGGGCCUGCCCUUGGCUCUACAGCCGGGAAAGGCCGAACCCCUGCCCAUCCGGACCAGCCGGGCUUCUGCGCAAGAUGCACCAUGCUCAGCUUGGGCGUGGCCAGCCUCUUCCGCCCCACGCAUUGCAGCCCGGCGGUGCGAUGCAGCAGCCGCCCCACGGGUUCGGUCGCGGAAUUCUUCCCCCAGGCGCCGAUCCUCGUCCAGGUAUCCACCGAGCCGAGACGAUGCCGGCCCAAGUCCAGCAGCCCGGACCGCCCGGCCAGUUUCAGGCGUUUACGCCGCCCAAAAACACGCCGACUUCGGAGAUGCCUCCCGCCCUGGGAACUGCCCAUAACCAAAGACCACCCAUCGCGGGUGGUGCGGCGCCUGUCUUGCAGCAGCAGCAGCAGCAGCAGCAGCAGCCUGCGGCCCCGAUUACGCACGCGCAGCGGCUCCAGCCGCGGCCGCACGCCAACUCGCUGCCGAGUUCGCAUCCCCUACCAUUCAGGGCCAUGUGCAGGCCCAGGCGCUCGGACAAGCUGGUCCCCGCCGCAGUUCGUCGGGGACACCCCGCCCAGGCCAUGGUUCCUCGUCCGCUUGCGCCAAAGGGACGGGGCUUGCCUCCGCACAUGGCCCCCAAGCCCCCAAUCCAGCCUGUGCAAACGCCGGUCUCCCAGGCUAGUAGUGGUAGUAGUGCCCAGCCCGGCGUCGGCCAGCCUCAGCAGCAGAGUUUUGAUCCUAGCCAGACCCCCGUACGCGCCCCUUCAUUUCCCGAUGGUCGCGGCCAUGUUUCCCCGCGGCCGGUGGAGUACCUCCAGGCCCGCAAACUCAACACGCGGGGCAACACAUCCCACCGACUCUCAUGA